GGCAAUGGCGGCGCUGCCCGCGCAGCGCGGCUGCUGGGCGCCGGGCGGGGCUGCUGGGCCGGGCCGCGGGCCGAGGCUCCUCACGCGGGCCUUCUCCCCGCAGCGUGCGGGUCCCGCUGCAUAUCCCCCGCCUGCCGCCGCCGUGAGCCGCUCCCGCUGCAGGCCCGACUCGGAGCUCCGCAGCUGCCACGCUUUCUCCAGCAGCAGCAGCAGCAGCUGGGCUGUUCUUCGCACUGAAGCACAAAAAUGGAAGUUCUGCCAUUUCAGGAUGAAGUACUACUUGCUGAAUUUAAGGCUUUUCUGUUCUGAUUUUCCUUUGUACUGCUUUUGUCCAGAGAGAGGGGAAAGAUUGCUGAUGAAUAGCAAUGUUGAACACCCAGGAUGCCAUUCUUGGAAUCUAAAGCAAGCUGUCUUCACAUCUGGAGCAGGGAGGCAUAGAUGUACUUUCAAUAGGCCGGGUCUGGUCCAUAGUCAUGCCUGACUGAGGAGGAUAGCAUUGUGUGUAAAAUGGAAGUUGACAUAAACGGAGAAUCCAGAAUGACCCUAUCCAGCCUCCCUGUGCCUCUUGCAGAGGUUUGUCCCAGGGGCAGGACAGAAUCAGAGAAGCCCCGCUGCUCCAGUACCCCCUGCUCACCAAUGCGGCAGACGGUUGCGGGAUAUCAGAUCCUUCGCAUGGAUUCUAACUACCUGGUUGGUUUUGCAACUGGAGAGGAGCUGCUAAAAUUAGCUCAGAAGUGUACAGGAGGUGAAGAGAAUAAAGGGGAAUCUGGGUUGAACUUGCACACCAGACACCUUGAUUCAGGACUUACACGUUCCUCCCGUUUCUACAAAACUAGAAGUAGGUACUAUCAGCCGUAUGAGAUCCCAGCAGUAAAUGGAAGGAGGAGGAGACGGAUGCCCAGCUCAGGGGAUAAAUGCACUAAGGCUUUACCAUAUGAACCUUACAAGGCACUUCAUGCUCCCUUGCCUCUUUGCAUUUUAAAAGGUAAAAAGGCUCGUUCAAAAUCCUUGGACUACCUCAAUUUAGACAAAAUGAGCAUUAAGGAAGCUGUUGACACAGAAGUGCUACAAUACCAGCUCCAACAUCUUAACCUUAGGGGGGAUCUUAUGUUUGCAAGAAAUAACACAUGAUCUGUCAUCUCACAUUUAGAACAAAUUUCUCGUUAUUUCUCUUGCUGCAAAAAUCCACUGUUGUACUGUAUACAUGACUGUCUGCAUUGUAGGCGGUCAUAUCAGCUAAAUUUUAUCAGAAAGUAAUUUAUUUUAAUUGAAUCUUUGCAAUCCAGUGUGUUACAAAUAUUUCUGAGCAAGCAGCUUUUGAUGAAAAUUUACUACAACUGGUGGAUAUUUUUUUGGACACGUUUAAAAAAGGUUUUGAUUUUUGGGUUUAGGAUAUUCUUUUUGUACAGUUAGAUCCAGUAUUUACAGUAAUUGAACACUGAUAAAUUGGUGGUGUCUGCUUGGUUGUUGCUAAUUUUGGCUUGAUGCUAGAAACUGCUCUUAGAUCCAAGUACUCAAAUUUAGGAGGCUUUUUGAUUUUACUUUUUGUUCCUGUAUUCUACAAUAAAACAUAUGUACUUUUUGUCAUGGAUGAGAAAGUGAGCUAGACUGAACUGGAUAACUUGCUAUUUAAAAAGUCAAGUUCAGACAUUUUCAAACUGCACUUGCACUGGUGGUGAGGAUUAGAUUCACUCAUAAAACAAAUCUUUGCUACUUGAAUCCUAUUAUUUUUUUGUUCUGCAUGAAAGUAAUUGCAUUUUCUCUGCUACAGAAGUCGUUCAGGAUUAGUAUUUGAGUUACUAAAAACAAAUCUCUUGGUGAGUGAGGGGUCUGUUGUUUUUUUUGUUGAUGGGAUUUACUUUUUACCUUUUCUUGGUACACAAACAAGGAUUCACUUCAGAUUCCAGUAAUUAAACUGAAAUGUCUGCGUUGGUAUGUCACUAAUGUUUUUUAUUUUUAUUCAUUAUUUCUCUAUCAUGUAUAGUAACAGAAGUUUUAGAAUAACUUCCAGAUUGCUUUGGAAAUCCCGGUGAUUUGUGGCACCGAACACCUGAGAUCUCAAAAGCUGAUUUUUUUUUUUUAAUAGAGUAUAACUGAAGUAUUUCUAUAUUAACAUUAAAAGAUAAUCCUAGAUUAUUCAACACAGUAGACUGAAUACACUGGCUUACUUUUAAUUAAGAAUUUUUUAUCCAAACUUGAUGUGAAAUGCUGUUUUGACAGCUGUAUACCUGGAUGUAUUGAGAAUGUUUUAGUAACUUAUGUUAAAAAAUUAAAAAUAGCUUUCAGGCUUUCUUCUUGGGUGCAGUCAUUUACUGAAACAGUGAGUAAUUCUACCAGAAACAACUGAUCAGAUGUUUCAAAACAAUGUGAUCUUCUUUUUAAUGUCUUCUGCGAGAAGUAUUUAGCUUCAGUAAGUCUGCAUUUUGCUGGUUUGGCUAUCUUUUUUUAGGUUUAUUAGAGUUUUUGAAACAACCCACUAUCUAUUUUCAAAAGGUAACUACACCUGUUUAAAUUUAAUAUACUGAACAAUGAUCUUUAAAGUCUUCAGUUUUGGAAAGUAAAAGUCUUCAGUUUGGAAAACAGGAUGUGUUCAAAUGCUAAUGAGAUGGGACUUCUGUUUAAGGAAUAAACAACCACUGUUUAUUGAAAUGCUCUAUGAAACUCUACUUCUGGCUGAAAAAUAAAAAAGGGUGGUAUAAACACA